AUUCUAUUUAGUAUCGGGUAAAUUGCGUCAGCGCAGUUCCGAUGGAACGAUUGCAGUUUAAUUUGUUCAUUAUUCCGAAGAAAAUUCAAGAAACGAAUAGAUGAUAUAAAAUUAUCACGUAAAAAUAUCGGUAAUUAAAUCUUGUGAUUGCAAGUAUUUCGAGGUGUGCGUAAUAUAUCGUUGUAUUAAAUCUGUACAGUCGAGAAUACACGAAGCUCGAAGGUUUUACUUCUUCACGAAGUGGACAGAAGUGGAAGCCAUUGAAAUACACUGAAUCCUCCGUCAUUAUUACACGACACUACAUAAAAGUUUCAAGAGAUAUUGCGACUCUUUUAAGACAGUGAUGGCUGUCAAAGGACUAGUUGCAGCAAUUGUUCAGUUUUUAACCCAGCAGUUAAAGGAUGGUGAUAUUACAGCAGAUUCUCGGGAGAGUCUUGAAGUGGCAAUACAGUGUUUAGAGAGUGCUUAUAAUGUCCAAGCAUCUGAUGCUCCAGGAAAUUUGAAUUUAUAUGAAGUAUAUAAGUCUGCUAUAGAAAAUGCGAAACCUCAGGUUCCAGAAGCUACUCCUGAAGCAAAAGCUGAAGCUGAGAGAUUAAAGAAUGAAGGAAAUGCUCUCAUGAAAGCUGAAAAACACCAUGAAGCACUUGCUAAUUAUACAAAAGCUAUUCAAUUAGAUGGCCGUAAUGCUGUAUAUUAUUGUAACCGUGCUGCAGCAUAUAGUAAAAUUGGCAAUCACCAGCAAGCAAUUAAAGAUUGUCAUAAUGCAUUGUCUAUUGAUCCUUUUUACAGUAAAGCAUAUGGUCGAUUAGGUUUAGCAUACUCUAGCUUGGACAGACAUAAAGAAGCUAAAGAAAGCUACCAAAAAGCUUUGAACAUGGAACCUGAUAAUGAAAGCUAUAAAAAUAAUUUACAAGUAGCAGAAGAAAAACUGGCUCAGCAAGGCAUGAGCAAUAUGGGAUUGGGUGGAGGUGUGUUUCCAGGUAUGGAUUUUAGUUCGCUUUUGAGUAAUCCUGCUCUUAUGAAUAUAGUACGUCAAAUGUUGUCUGAUCAAGCCCUUCAAAACAUGGUGGGCAAUUUCAUAAGUGAGAAUGCAGAACAAGGAGUGCGCAUGGAUGCCCUUUUGGAAGCUGGUCAUCAAUUUGCACAUCAGUUGCAAAAUACUAACCCCGAGUUGAUCGAAUCUUUAAGACGGCAAAUGGGAGGCAAUCCGAAUGACCCGGAUCCACCACAGCAAAAUUAAACAAUCUGUGAUUGAGUAAUGUUAUCAAAAUUUGAAAAAAAAAAAAAGUGAAACAAUUGAAAUACAACUUUAAUUCAAAUAUACAAUAGUUAUGGGACAGUGUUUACUAUUUUUUUUUAUAACUGUGACUCAAAUUAAUUUGAAGUAUCACUGUCUUAAAAUUAUAUUCAUAUAUAAAUAUAUAAACUAUAGAAAUUUUCCUAUAAUUUAAUUAUGAAAUAAGAUAUAUAACAACUUGUUCUUUUGACUAUGUUGGCAUUAUUUAAUAUGCGAAAAUCAAGUGAUAAAUAUCAGAACAUGGGGAAUAUUUUGCGAAUAGGAUAUUUGAAUGUAUAUUUACUGCUGUUGCUUAUGUCAUCAAUCUAUUUCACUCCUUAUUGAGUUGUACAGUCUAACAUGCAUCUGCUUACUUUAACAAUUAUUUCUGUAUGAUAAAAUAUAUGCUGAAAUCAUGUAUUGAAAAAUCAAGAAAUUAAAGAAAGACUUGCGUUUUUUAUCAAA